CCUGCCAAUUUUCUUGAGUGGAAAGUUAUAGGAGAAAAAGAGGGGGAAAGAAAUGGCGUCUAAUGGUAGAGUUUUCAGGGCAACGUUUGGAGCUCUUGUAUUUGUUGGCGUCAUCUGGUUUAUAACAGUUGGAAUCCUAGCAAACCGUGCAAGUAAAAGAUCAACAAUAACAGUUCAAUCAUCUCAAAUCUUCAAGUACUGGAAGCUGAUUGCAAGAGAGAAGCAUGCUGUUCAGUGGGAUUUCAAUCUUAAUUAUGUGAGCAAGAGAAGAGUACCUAAUGGUCCCGAUCCCAUUCAUAACAGGAGAGCAGUGAAGACAGGACAGCCACCUGGACGAGCCUAAAGCAUCAGAGGGAAUGUGAAAGCAUUGGAAAUUGUGUGGAUGGGCAAUGUACAAGAGAUUUUCUAGAUUUACGAUCCUUUCAAUUAUUAGAAAUCCCAGUUGAAAUGCGAUGGUGUCCCCCUGAACACUAUUGCCAAGUACUGCUAUAACUGGGGUCUGAGUGCUUAGAUAUUUUGUAGUUAGAUUCUCUGCAAUUCAUGCAGGUACAAUAUCAUUUUGUUCCAGCCUUAGUUAGAUUUGUGGUGAUUAGUUUUUGAAAAGAUAUAUAUGGAGGAGGUUAGUAAAUUAAGUUCUUUUGUUCACUCCAAUGUUCCAAACAUUCUCUUAAGAGCUAGCUCCAACAUGGUCAGUUUCUCCCAGACAAAAAUGCAUGAGAAGCCUGAGAAAGAUUGAGCUUUUGGAGGUAUCCCCAACUAAGUGUUUGCUUGUCCUUACUUGAAUACUUUAGAAAGAGAUUCAUGGGAAGGAAUUUACUUUGCAAGGAAAAAAAAGAAGAAAAAAAGCAAAGUAGAUACAAUAAGAGAAAGGAACACUAUCCUAAAAAGGUUCUAUCUCAAUACGCGAUGAGUGAAGCCUGUAACAUAUUUUAUUAAUCCUGCUUGUUGUUGCUUUGGUUUGGCAUUUCUUUUUCUUUGAAGUGGUUUGUUUGAUUUGUGCUCCCAACUAAAGCAAUUCCCAUAUCAAUUGUAUUCUUUUUCUUGCU